UCUAUGGUUGUCGAGUACCGAUGACGUACUUGGAAGGCGUCCAGGCUUCCGGCUUUGGGGUGCUUUUCCCCCUUCCGCCUUUGGCCUGUGCCGGUUGCUCGGCGACCGACGAGAGGCCUGCGGUUGCUAUGGAGCCCGACCCGAAAGGGUGUUACGUGCUGAGUAACCUGGCGGAGGUGGUGGAGCGGGUCCUGGGCUUCCUGCCGACCAAGGCCCUGCUGAGGGCGGCCUGCGUGUGCCGGUUGUGGAGGGAGUGUUCCCGGAGAAUCCUCAGAACUCAACAGAGCGUCGCCUGGGUCUCUGCUGUAGAAUCGGGGCCAUCGGAUAGCCACGCUCUGGUCCAUGCAUUAGCAGAAGAGCUUGAGAAGGUUCAGGUCCUCCCCCAGACGGUGUUGUACGUAGCAGAUGCAGAGACUUUCUGUGGACAUGAAGAGAGCCGUGGUCAUGGACAGAAGAAAGCCCGAAGAAGAAAUAGUAAAGAGAUUGCUGCUGCGUUGGAGAAGCUGCUGCCGAAACGUUGCCAAGUGCUGGGUCUCGUAGCGCCCGGAGUUGUCGUCACCCCGAUAGGAUCUCAGAGCAACCGCCCCCUGGAAAUAGAAGAAGGUGAAGCUGGCUUUGCAUUAUUGUUCCCCAAGAUUGAUGGUGUAAAGAUUCAGACCUUCCACUUCUUUAAAGAUUUGAAGACUCGAGCACUUGAUGAAAACCAGUUUGCUGAAGCAGGCCUGAAAAAUAAUCCAGAUCUUAGAGUGGUUCUUCUGUUUGGGGAGAAUACCUGGAAACCAGGAGCAACGCGAUUUGUGCACCAGAUCGUCAACCGGUUGAAUGAGAAAAGCAUCGUCUUGGCUGGGGGACACGUGGAGAGCUUCACAUCUCUAAUGUCAGAGAACAACGCUCGGCCCGCUGAGUCCUGCGGCGUCGUUGGCUUGGCUUUUAGCGGAGCCCAGAUCCAGAGCGCGACCGUUCUGUUAGAUCAAGAUGUCAUUGACGAGAGGACAGCCGAAGCAGCCAUGCAGCGCCUCAAGGCCGCCAACAUCCCCGAACACAAUAGCCUUGGCUUUAUGUUUGCCUGUGUUGGCAGGGGAUACCAGUAUUACAAAACCAAACCUAAUCUCGAAGCCGAUGCUUUCAGGAAGUUCUUUCCUAACGUCCCCCUGUUUGGAUUUUUUGGAAACGGAGAGAUAGGGUGCGAUCGAAUUGUGACUGGGAAUUUUAUACUCAGGGAAUACGACACAAAGGAUGACCUCCUCCAUGGUUACACCACUGUCAUGGUUCUUAUCCACCUGGGCUCAUCCAAAACAAAUCAGUCUUAAAACCUCUCGCUGUACACGUAGGUCAGAGUCACGAGGUUGUUUUAAGGUCAAACUUUUUAAACAAAAUUGUGAGAGAAUGUACACACCUUCAGCUGAAAGACUUCCUGGACUAAAAAUGAUCAUUAGCAUUCCUAGUUGGUAUAAGAUUAAAUUAGGUGAGGAAGGGAGUCCUUUUGCACCAUGCAGAAACUUUAAAAUUGAACAAGUGUUAGUCUAAAAUAGAGGGGGGGAAAUGAUGUUACUUAUAAAAUUUCAAGUAGUGGUUGGUUUAAACUAGACUUAUUGCUCCACUCCUCGUUGGAAUUGAAAUAUCACUAUUUCUGCGUGAUGUUCAUGGAUUAGACUUGACACAUUGACUAAAUUACUCACCGGAUGAACACAUGAACAGCUGUAACAGUGUUGUUUGCUCCGUGGCAAGACGUACGGCACUCUGUUUGAACCGAGUUCUUCAGAACACCUGUGUGUUGAGAUGGGAUGGUGAAGGCUCGUUGAAUCUAAACCAUGAAACCAUUUCUCAGAUGCUUCCACCUUUUUUUAAGUCUUCUGUCUUUUUGAAGGAAUAUGGCCGUCUGGAAUCUUUAGGACUUAUCUCAGAAAACACUGUGUACUGGAAAGUGUCACGGGCUAAAUUGGAUUGUGUUAUAAAUUACAGUCACUGGCUGGGUGGUUUCUAACUUUUCUGCUGUAAUAAUCUUGAAUAUUCCCUGGGGAAUCUCUCUCCUUCCAAACACUAUUCAUGAAGAAUAGCCAUCAUCCACUGCUACAAGAGAAGACUCUACAAUUCACUUCUAAACACACGUGUGUGUUUUUUUGGAAAUGCAUCCUGUUGACUUGGACCUUACUUCUAUAACUAUGGUUUAACAUCACUUGUGGAAAACAAGAAAUACGGCAGAACGUUGAGCACAGUAAAGCUGGAGGGCAGAAAGAAUGCCAAGUGAAUGCAAUUUAAUUGAUAAAAUUAAUCCCCAGGCAGACAUAAGCAGCAUUUUAAAAAUGCCUUUGUCAUAGAUAUGUUGGAAAGGCACUGAAGGAAUGUUUUAUAGAUACCAUGGACUGCCCAAAAGACAAAUAAGUGUCUGUCUUUCUUUAUACCAGUGUGAUGUGAUGGUUAGAUUGUUGGAAUUGGAAGACCACAGUUCAGAUUCUUGCUUGGCCAUUAAACUCUGUAGGAAAUUUGAAUCAA